AUGUCUGUUCCAUUUGGUGUUGAUUUAGGUAACAACAAUACUGUUAUUGCCUGUGCCAAAAAUAGAGGUAUUGAUAUUGUUGUUAAUGAAGUAUCUAAUCGUUCUACUCCAUCAUUAGUUGGAUUUGGACCUAAAUCUAGAUACUUGGGAGAAACCGCCAAAAAUCAACAAACUUCAAAUAUCAAAAAUACUGUUGAAAAUUUGAAAAGAAUUGUUGGAUUACCACAUAAUCAUCCAGAUUUCAAGAUUGAACAACAAUAUUUCACUGUUCCAUUGGUUCAAAACAAGAAAGAUCACGGGGUUGCUGCUAAAGUCAAAUAUAUGGGUAAAGACCAUGAAUUUACCGCAACCCAAUUAUUAGCCAUGUACUUGGACAAGAUUAAGGAUACCGCUGUAAAAGAAACCAAAGGUAACAUUAAUGACAUUUGUUUAUCAGUUCCUGGAUGGUACACUGAAAAACAACGUCGUGCUGCUGCUGAUGCAUGCAAGAUUGCUGGUUUAAACCCCGUUCGUAUUGUUAACGAAAUGACCGCCGCAGCUGUUGGUUAUGGUGUUUUCAAAGCAGCCGAUUUACCCGAAGAUGAAUACAAGAAAGUGGCAUUUGUUGAUGUUGGCCACAGUUCGUACCAAGUUUCAAUUGCUGCUGUGAAGAGAGGUGAAUUGAAGAUUUUGGGAGCUGCUUACGAUAAACAUUUUGGAGGUAGAAAUUUUGACUAUGCCAUUGCAGAACAUUUUGCUGAUGAAUUCAAAAAGAAGUACAAGAUUGAUGUUAGGGAAAACCCAAAGGCUUAUUAUAGAGUGUUAACUGCCGCUGAGAAAUUGAAAAAAGUUUUGAGUGCCAACACUCAAGCUCCAUUCAAUAUUGAAAGUGUUAUGAACGAUGUUGAUGUUUCGUCUUCUUUGACUAGAGAAGAGUUGGAAAACUUGGUCAAGCCAUUGUUGGAAAAAAUCCACGUUCCAAUUCAAUCUGCUUUGAAAGAUGCCGGUUUAAAAUCUGAGGAUUUGGAUUCAGUUGAAGUUAUUGGUGGCUCCUCAAGAAUUCCAGCAGUUAAAACCAAGAUAUCUGAAGUUUUCAAUAAACCAUUGUCCUUUACUUUGAACCAAGAUGAAGCUAUUGCCAAAGGCAAUGCUUAUAUCUGUGCUUGCCAUUCCCCAACUGUGAGGGUCAGGCCAUUCAAGUUCGAAGAUUAUAACCAAUAUACUGUUUCAUACUUCUGGGAUAAGGAGGACAAUGAAGACGAAGAUCACUUGGAAGUUUUCCCCAAGGGAGGAUUAUUCCCAAGCACAAAAAUGAUCACUUUGUACAGAAAAGGACCAUCAUUUGAAGUUGAGGCUAAAUAUACCAAACCAAAGGAGUUGCCAAAGGGAACUGAACAUUUCAUUGCUAAAUGGAAGAUUGGUAAUGUUGAGCCAAGCGCAGGGGAGUCAUCAAUUGCUGUCAAAUUGAAAUUGAGAAAUGAUCCAUCCGGUUUCUACACCAUCGAGUCCGCUCAUACCGUUGAAGAGCAAAUUGUUAAAGAAUUGAUUGAGCCAAAAGAAGGUGAGUCUAAAGGUAACGAUGAAGAAGAUGGAGAAGAAGAAGAAGCAACAGCUGAACCACAAUACAAAGAGGUCAAGAAAUUAGUUAAAAAGAAUGACUGCUCAAUUGAGGUUGAAUGUGCUGCCUUGCCAGAAGCUCAAUUACAGAAAUUCAUUGAAGAAGAAGGACAAAUGCUUGCUGAAGAUAAAUUGGUUGCUGAUACUGAGGAAAGAAAGAAUCAAUUAGAAGAGUAUAUCUACGAGUUGAGAGGUAAGUUGGGCGAUCAAUACAAGGAUUUCGCCAAGAAGGAAGAAGUUGAGAAAUUGACUGGAUUAUUACAAAAAGCUGAAGACUGGUUAUAUGAAGAUGGAUAUGAAUCAACCAAAGCCAAAUAUAUUGCAAAAUACGAAGAGUUGGCAUCUAUUGGAAAUGUGAUUAGAGGUAGAUUUUUGGCCAAAGAACAAGAAAAAAAGGAACAAUUUAGACAAAAACAAGAAGCAGCUCAAGCCCAAGCUAUGGCUGAGAAGAUGGCCAAUGCCAGAAAGGAUAACAAGAACGGUGACGACAAGAAGGAUGCCGAAGGUGAUACCAAGAUGGACUGA